UUUUUAAGUCAUUGUGCUCAGGACUUGGAAGUUUGGGUUCAAAAUUAUAAAUCUCUUUAGAGACCUCUUUGACAUGUUUGUUUACAGGUUCUUCAUUGAUACUGUCCCAAUCUAUGGCAAAUUUGUUUUCACUCUCAGCUAUCGUUACUGGGUCUUUUAAAGUUUGCGUCUCAAAGUUUGAUUCUAAACUGUUCACCUCAGGAAAUUGGCUCGCACCAGAGUUUUCGAUAAAAAUUGGCUCUUGUAAAUUGUUGCUAAUUUCACAUUUCUCUUCCACAUCUUGAUGUUCACAAGCAACUGCCAGGUCAUCUAAUUGGAUGCCCAAGUCACCAUCCUUUGAAUUGACAAUGUCGCUGGACGAGGCAAUUUCAAUUUCACCGUUUGUACUUGUCUUUGGCAAAUCACAUUGUGCUUGCGGAAUUAUUUCACUCGAAGGCACAUCACAGUUUAGGGCUUGGUGAUCACAAUUAUUCUCAAUGAUGGGAAGUGGCGAGCUGUCACUGCACAGACCAGAGUCAGAAUUUGCUGAGAGGACCGAAUCUUGGCUCGUUCUGUCCGUGCUUUUCUUCAAACUCUCGUCACUCCACGGAAUCCCCUCUCCACCUAAUGUGAAAAAUUAUAUAAUUUAAUAAUAUUUUUGUGUAUUUUAUGUACGUGCAUUGCUGGCACUUGAAGGAAUUCUGCAAAAUUACAUACCCACUGGCUCGGAGACCUCGCAGUCCGUAUGGAAAGGAUCGUCCGCAACUGCAAAGUCACCAAAGUCAUCGUCGUCGUCAGGAAUGUCGGGCAGAGGUGGUGGUGUUGUCGAUAGAAUCGGAGGAAUUAAAUUCGACAUCUUUUCCCAGAUGGCAAUUUAAAGCUGAAAAAUGUGAUGAUAUCGUCAGUACGUGAUAAAAAGUGUCAAUACGGAUUACAAAGGACACCACCCACUUUAUGGUGCACAAUAAUUACAAAACGAGCAAUUUCAGAGUGGAAUUUUCCAAAACGAUGGAUUUAGGGAAUCCCUUGAAAGGGGCCAUAUCUUUAAAAAGUACUGGUUCCCAAUCUAGGGCUAGUAAUUACCAUAAUUUAAGAGAUAUCCAGGUGAAUUAUGCAAAAAUCAAGUGACCUCGUCAUUAUUAUGACUGCAGCUGGUAUGCGCAGGUCGCCAUAUUGGUUUUUUCCUGGAAUCUGCAUUCUGGGUCGUUUGGCGGCAAGAAAUCGCGCACACGUGCGACUGCUGCGUAGCUAUGACAACAUUUCCUAUUUAAUACAAUUAAAAUUUGUUUAACUUUCCACUGGUGAGCUGAAACGAGACCUCGUUUUAUUUAAGGAAUUUCUAUUUGCAGCAAAAUAUCUCUUUUUCUCCUUCUGGGAUUUUAUUAAUUUUAUCCAAUUUUUUUGGCACAAAUACAAGUUGUAUUUUUGAUAUUUUUAAUCACAGAUCAGGAAAAAAUGUGUUUAUGCUUGGGGCCCCAAGGAAGUGGAAAAACUUUGUUAUUGAAGCGACUGCAAAAUCAAGAAAUAAUUGACAUUACGUCGAACCCAACUCCCACAGUGGGAAUCAAUCUGGCAAAAAUCAAACUCAACGACGAACCCUACACUGAAAUAACGGUCAGAGAAGUUGGCGGCUCAAUGGCUCCAAUUUGGAAAAAUUAUUUCAACGGCACAUCAGAAAUAAUGUAUGUUGUGGACACCAGUAACCUGUGCCAGAUUGCUGCAGCAGGGACAAUGUUGUAUGGAAUUUUAGCUGAUCCUCUUCUGAAAAGAGCUAGGAUUUUACUUGUGCUCACUAAGAUGGACGUGUCCUACAGACAAAUGCGGAAUGAGGCUUUGUUAAUGCUUCAAAUGGCCAGGCUGAAGAAGGAACUAGGACGAGAAAUUACUGUACUGGAAGCAAGUGCGAUGACAGGAGAAGGCGCAGAAGAAAUCAUCGAGUGGCUUCGGGGAAAGAAAAAGGCUAAAAGCAAUGCAAAUAAAUCUGCUUGAAAAAUACGUUUACUAUGAUUUAUUUUUACACACUGUAAGACUUAAAAUAAAAAAUUA